AUGACACAAAACAGCCAUGCAUCAUGGUGGUGGCAAUGGGAAGUAAUGGGCAGCAACAAAGAUGAACUUACUAUGUUGGCACUACCGGUGAUCACAAUCACAGUAGUGCUUUUGGGUGUUUUAUGGAACAAGUUGACACUAUCGACCUCCUCACGAUCGCCACCGUUACCACCGGGUCCUCGUUCAUUACCUGUUGUCGGGUACCUUCCAUUUCUUGGCCGUGAUCUUCACAUCAAGCUCACCAACAUGGCUCACACCUACGGACCCAUCUACAAGUUAUAUUUGGGAAGCAAGCUUCACGUGGUUAUAAACACCCCGGAGCUAGCAAAGGUUGUGGUUCAUGACCAAGAUGAGACUUUUGCUAACCGAGAUAUAACAGUUGCGGCCUCAGUUAUAUCCUACGGAGGCCAAGAUGUGGCGUUUUCAGAGAACAAUGCAAACUGGCGUAAACUUCGUAAGAUCUUUGUCCAUGAGAUCUUAAGUAACAAGAAUCUUAAAGCAUGUAGUUCUUUCCGAACGGAUGAGGUUAGAAAAACAGUCAACAAUGUUUUUAGUAAGAUUGGGACCAACGUUAACAUUAGUGACAUUGCUUUCUUGACUGAAGCCAAUGUCGUAAGAAGAAUGGUUUGGGAUGACACAUCGUAUAAAGGCGAAAAGGGUGCCCAUCUUGGAGCUGAGUUACAAAUGGUGGUGUCCAAUAUCAUCAAAAUGUUUGGACAUCCAAAUUUGUCGGAUUUCUUCCCUACUCUUGCUCGAUUUGAUCUACACGGUGUUAAGAAGGACAUGAAGAAGCAACUUGCGAAGUUGGAACGAAUUUUCGCAAGCAUCAUCGAAGAUCGAAUCAAAUCUAACUCCAAUAUGUCACAUGAUGGAGUUGGAGAAGAAGAAAAGAAAGACUUUUUACAGAUCAUAUUAGAUCUUAAGGACCAACAAGAUCUUAACAUCACCCAAUUUAGUUCGGUUGCUAGGACAAUGGUGGUUAACCUUAAUUUGUUGUAUCAGGACUUUAUGAUUGCAGGAACUGAAGCGCCGACUACACUCAUAGAAUGGGCGAUGACAAAUAUCAUGCGAAAUCAUAAAGUAAUGAAAAGGGUUCAAGAAGAAUUGGCAGAUAUUGUUGGACUAAACAAUAUGGUCGAAGAAUCACAUCUCCCAAAACUACAAUACUUAGAGGCAACGAUUAAGGAAACAUUUCGGUUGCAUCCUCUAGGUCCUAUCCUACUCCCAUGGGUGCCAAGCAAGGACUCUAUGGUAGGUGGAUAUACAAUUCCAAAGGGUUGUGUCAUCUUUUUGAAUGUUCUAUCAAUCCAUCGGAAUCCUAAAUACUGGGACAAACCCAUGGAGUUUAAUCCUGAUAGGUUCUUGGCGAAUGAAGGCACAAACGAAUGGGAUUAUCAUGGAAACAAUUUGAAGUUCUUCCCAUUUGGAUCAGGAAGAAGAAUGUGUCCAGGUGUUCCAUUGGCCGAGAAAAUGCAAAUGUUUAUAUUGGCUUCUCUCUUGCACUCAUUUGACUGGAGUUUGCCAAAUGGUGAGGAGCAUGACAUUACUGAAAGUUUUGCAUUUACGGCUGAGUUGAAUGCGCGUGUUGAGAGCAGGGAUAUGGAUUUGGCCGCGAAGGACGUGGAGAUUGUGGAGCUGAAGCGUCGAUUGUUUGAGGCUCAUGAGAAGAGCGAAUCGUUGGAAAUAGAUCUGGAGGCCGAAAGGGUGAAGGCUGAGACCGCCGAAGAAGCGAAGAAUAUUGCCAACUCCAUACUGAAUGGUACUGAGUUGGAUGAGGCUGUUGCCGCACUGAUAGAUGCCUCGCGUGCCGUUGGGCAUCGUGGUGGCUACCUGGAGUGUGCUCAGCAUGUGGAAGAAGCGUUUGGCCAACAGUUUGAUACUCAUCACUGCUCGGUGACUGAUCAGGCUGACUCCAUGCUUUCUCAAGCCGAAGAGGUUUACAACCAUCUUUCAUUACCUAUUAUGGAGUUGGUUACUGAUGCGUUGAAGCAUGAUGACUGGAGUGCGCGACUGAAGUCCAUCCUCGAUCCUCCAAAGACUGUGGAGUUAACAGAUAAAGAGGAGGCAGCUGGCGGUGAUGGUGACGGUGGUAAUGAAGCUGGCGGUGAUGGUGGUGGUAAUGAAUAG